AUGCCGCACCACCGCCCCCCCGGCUUCCGGUGCUGCGCAGUUUCCGGAGCGGAUCACAACCCGGAGUCCGGAUCCGACCCCGCUCUACACAUUCCACAGGCAGGUAAAGCCCCGGGCCCGUGCCCACCGCGGCCCCACCGCGCGCCUCCCGCCGCGCCCCGCGCUCCGCGCCCGGCCCCGGCCUGGCCUCCACCCGCGCCCCCCGCGCCCGCCCCGGUCCGGCCGCCGCGCCGCCUGUUCUUUGUUACAGUCGCGGGCGCCGUGGGCGAUCGGAGUCAAAACCCGGCUGGAUUCCGGAGCCGCUCCCGGAUCGCCCUGCGCCCGCCGGGUUCCGCCGCCGCGGGCUUGGCCUCCGCCCUGGGUGCCCGACCUCGGUCCCGCGCGCACGGCCCGCGCCAACUGCCCCCCACGAGCCCGGCCCACGCCAACCCACGCCCAGCCGCCUGCUCGCGGGCUCGGCGACCCCCGGCCCAGGCUCGGGCGCUGUGCCCUGGUGCGUCCAAAGCCAGGCCCGGCGUGGCUGCAGGCUCAGGUCCCUACAGUCCCUUCCCGGCCACCCGACCGCCUUACCCGGUUUUCGGGCGCAGCCCAGGGAGGGGCCUUGGUCUCCAGCCCCUUUGGUGUUUAAGAAAGUCCGAGGCUGCGCCAUGGCUUCCAGGCCCAGACGCUUUACUAGCCUCUACCCUUUGGUAG